AUGGCUCGGACUCUGCGCCUCGUGCAAGUCCUUCACCGCCAUGGCGACCGCAGUCCACUGCACAACGUCUUCCGCGGCGGCACGUCAACGCAAUUCCAGGCAGAAGAUGCCUUAUGGACAACAAAGCUGCAGGAACCUGUGACUACGAGGGGCAUCUAUGGGGAGCUCACCACGGUUGGAGUUGCUCAAAUGCAGGCCCGCGGACUCAAGUUGAGAGAUCGGUACCUCGCACUAGGCUGGACCUUGGACGACAAGGUUGAUAUCCACGUGCGAAGCACGCAUUACGUCCGCACCCAACGAAGCGUCCAAGCGCUGUUGUCGCGCUUUGUGCCACAUGUGCAUGACCAGCUUCCAUUGGAGAUCCUACCGCCGUCCGUCGACUACAUCAAUGCGUACAAUGCGAAUGCCGCGAGCAUCAUGCCACUCAAGACCCAUUUGGUGGAAGCCCAUGCCGCUCUGGCCGCUCGAGAAGCGCACAUGGCGCCAGUCCAGACAGAGUUGCGGCGACUGCUACCCAUGUUUGCUUCGUCCGCAGAGUCAUUUUCGUGGAUGAAGGCAGCCGAUUACUUUGUGUGCCGUCAAGCGCACAACAUUCCCUUGCUUCCGCAUACCGAGGAGUUGGCCGACGCUACUACCCAGCACUUGGCGUAUCGAUUCCACGAGUUUUACACGUACGCGCCCAUCUUAACACGAGUGAGUGGCCCGUUGGUCGUGCAACUGGUGACGGAGAUGCAACGUGUGAUGCCAUCUCGUGACGUACCCAAUGCGACCGAUCUCAGCGUCGAACGGGUGGUGGUGUACAGUGGCCACGAUGUGUCGUUGCUGGCGUUGCUGAACGCGUUGCACUCGUCGACGCAGCCAACAACCAAGACGGUCGUUGAUUGGCCAGACUAUGGCGCUGCAGUGACCAUCGAGUUGUAUGACGAACAAGGCAAUAGUGACCAGUGGAUGGUUCAAGUGACUCUGGACGGGUCACCCGUGGCCCCACCCGUGGACGCCCAACGCUUUUGUCACGAUUUGUUACAGACAGUGUUGCUGCCGAACGAUCUCGACGAGAAUGACGUAGUUGUGCCGAAAUAAUGUGCGAUGGAUUGUGCGUAGUAUGAACAGCGACAUACGUACUCGAAGUAAAUAACUAUCAAUUUAGAAAACGUUAGGAUAGCUUUAACGUCAGAUUAACCUCGAUACGAAAAAAUCAC